CCGGCUUUUUACGAUCGAGUUUAUUUUUGAUCCAUAGAGUUUUUUCGUAUGGUUCUUAUGAAGUUCUGGAAAUAUCAAUCUUUGCUGAGUUGGAUAGAAAUUAUGUUGUGCAACAAAUGAUGUUUGGAAUUCGUCUGCUUUCACAUUAAAGAAAUCGGGACUUUAUUCUCUAUUCGGCAUCUGCUGAAUCAUGUAAAUGGAGUAAACUCACCUACAUUGUUAUGUCUAAAUUCGUUGAACCCGAUGACGACCCUUCGUUGCAUAGAUUGGAAGGGUCAUCAGGAAGAGAGAAAGGUGGACUGAUUAUAAAAAAGAAAUCAAAUCACGAAUUCACAAAACCACAAGUAGCGAGUCCAAGAGUUUCUCUGUUAGGGUUGGAUAGGUUAGCCGCUGCUAAACGUCAAGGGGAUUCAUCAGAUGAUGCUUUGAGGAAAAAGUCGAAAAUAUUGUCCUAUCAAGAUGACGAUGACAGUGAGAGUGGCGAUGAAGAAGAUGAUGAAAACAAUGACAGGUCUAAGAAGGAUAAGCACAAAGGCCAUAAAGACAGAAAUUACCGUCAGUCAAGAACUGAGACACCAUCCCAUCCAGGUGGUGUGAGCAGGGAGGCAAGAGAUAGGCAAAAACAACGACACCGUGAUCGUGGAGUGUAUGCAUCUAGUUCUUCAAAAGACAAAGAUAGAAGAGAGCGGAGGGAGGACAGGCAUAGUAGAGAUAGGGAUCGUCACAGACAAAGGGACAAAGAUCGACGACAAAGAAGGGAUGAGAGAUCUGAACGAGGUGACAGAAGUCGUCGGAGUGAUAGAGAUUCAGAGAGGAGUCGACGUAGUUAUCGUGACUGGGAGGAAACUCCAGAGAGAUUCAGGGAUGCUCCUCCAACUCCUGACUUUGGCGUUAAAGACACACCAUCUGAGUAUGGUUGGGAUGAUGAUGAUGUGACACCCUUAAAGAGAUCCUCUUGGGAUCUACCAACACCCAGGGUCAGCAGUGGUAGUGAUGGUGAGAGUAGUGUCAGAAGCAAUCGGUCAUCUUAUGACAAAAGGAGCAAACGGGGUCCUAAAGAGACUCCUCUACCAACCCCGAGUUACAAGUACAAUGAAUGGAUGGACAACAAGAAGAAGAUACAGUAUACACCCAAGGAUGGUGGUAGUAGACGAGAAAAUUGUGGUGACCUUGAAUUUGAGUCAGAAGAAGCGAGGUUAGAUUGGGAAAAUGAGCAGAAAAGGCUUGAUCGUGAAUGGUACGGUAUGGACGAAGGAUACGACGAUAACCAUAAUCCAUUCUCAGGCACGUCGGAGGAGUACACACGCAAAAAGGAAGAGGAGAUGGAAAAAAAGAAGAAGAAGAGAAUGACUGCCAGACAAAGACAGAUCAAUAAGGAUAUAGAGCUAUGGGAGACCAACAGGAUGCUCAGAAGUGGAGUUGUUACUAAGACUGAUUAUGAUGAAGAUUUUGAUGAUGAAAAUGAAGCAAAAGUGCAUCUUCUAGUCCAUAAUAUUGUGCCACCAUUUCUUGAUGGUCGCAUUGUAUUUACCAAACAACCAGAGCCAGUUGUUCCAGUUAAGGAUCCAACAUCAGAUCUGGCUCAAGUGGCCAGAAAGGGAAGCUUGGUUGUUAGAAAAUUCAGAGAACAAAAGGAAAAACGUAAAGCUCAACAGAAACACUGGGAAGUGGCAGGAACAAAGAUUGGAGACAUUAUGGGGAUAAAGAAGAAAGAGGAGGAGGAAGACAAGGUAGAUGAUAAAGGUGAACUGGACUAUAAGGCUGACCACAAGUUUGCAGAUCUUUUACAAGAGAAAACUACAGCAGUGAGUGAAUUUGCGAAGGCAAAAUCUCUGUCCGACCAGAGAAAAUACUUGCCUAUAUAUGCAGUCAGAAAUGAGUUACUGAAUGUGAUUCGUGAUAACAGCAUCAUCAUCAUCGUUGGAGAAACAGGAUCUGGAAAAACCACUCAGCUGACACAAUACUUACAUGAGGAUGGCUACACCAACUAUGGUAUGGUUGGCUGCACACAGCCACGUAGGGUAGCUGCCAUGUCUGUAGCCAAGCGAGUGUCAGAGGAGAUGAAGGCCAAGCUAGGUGAAGAGGUGGGAUAUGCCAUACGAUUUGAAGACUGUACUACUGAGAAAACCAUUAUAAAGUACAUGACAGAUGGUAUUCUGCUUCGAGAGUCUCUCCGUGAAUCGGAUUUGGACCAUUACAGUGCCAUUAUCAUGGACGAAGCUCAUGAGAGAUCACUCAACACAGAUGUUCUGUUUGGUUUGUUACGAGAGGUGAUUUCUAGACGUCAUGAUUUGAAAUUGAUUGUUACCUCUGCCACUAUGGAUUCAAGCAAGUUUUCUAAAUUCUUUGGUAAUGUGCCUGUGUUUGAGAUCCCUGGUAGGACAUUUCCUGUAGAACUGUUCUUCAGUAAGAACACAGUGGAGGAUUAUGUGGACUCAGCGGUCAAGCAGGCAUUACAGGUCCAUCUUCAGGGGAUGGAUGGGGAUAUACUGAUCUUCAUGCCUGGACAAGAAGAUAUUGAAGUGACCUGUGAAUUAAUCACAGAACGCCUCGGUGAGCUGGAUGAUGCUCCUCCACUUGCCAUCCUGCCCAUCUACUCCCAACUUCCCAGUGACCUUCAAGCUAAGAUAUUCCAAAAGGCUCCAGAUGGUGUGAGAAAGUGUGUGGUGGCUACUAAUAUAGCAGAGACCUCACUUACAGUUGAUGGUAUUAUGUUUGUGGUGGAUGCUGGAUACUGUAAACUAAAAGUAUUCAACCCAAAGAUUGGUAUGGAUGCUCUGUCAAUCUACCCCAUAAGUCAGGCCAAUGCCAACCAGAGAUCAGGAAGGGCAGGAAGGACAGGUCCAGGUCACUGCUAUCGCCUGUACACCCAGAGACAGUACAAGAAUGAGAUGCUCACCUCUACAGUUCCGGAGAUACAGAGGACUAACCUAGCUAAUGUUGUUCUUCUCCUGAAGUCUCUCGGAGUACAGAAUCUGCUUCAGUUCCAUUUUAUGGAUCCCCCUCCUCAGGACAACAUCCUGAAUUCCAUGUAUCAGUUAUGGAUCCUUGGUGCUUUAGACAACACAGGAUCUCUGACACCACUUGGUCGACAAAUGGUCGAGUUUCCACUUGAUCCAGCUCUAUCUAAGAUGUUGAUUAUCUCCCUUGAGAUGUGCUGCAGUGCAGAAAUUUUAAUCAUUGUAUCCAUGUUGUCAGUGCCUGCCAUUUUCUACCGUCCUAAGGGUAGGGAAGAGGAUUCAGAUGCUGCGAGAGAAAAGUUUCAGGUUCCAGAGAGUGACCAUCUGACCUUCCUCAACGUCUACGAACAGUGGAAACGAAAUUCGUAUUCAGCCUCCUGGUGCAAUGAGCACUUCAUUCAUAUCAAAGCCAUGAGAAAGGUACGUGAAGUGCGCCAGCAGUUGAAGGAGAUCAUGGACCAGCAGAAAAUGGAGCUCAUCUCAACAGGCAAUGAUUGGGACAUCGUAAGAAAGUGUAUCUGUUCUUCCUACUUCCAUCAGGCUGCUCGGCUUAAGGGUAUUGGAGAAUACGUAAAUGUGCGGACAGGGAUGCCUUGUCACCUCCAUCCAACCAGUGCCUUAUUUGGUAUGGGUUAUACCCCAGACUAUAUUGUCUAUCAUGAACUCGUCAUGACAGCCAAGGAAUAUAUGCAGUGUGUGACGUCAGUAGAUGGUCAGUGGUUAGCUGAGUUAGGACCAAUGUUUUACAGUAUCAAGGAUCCUUCCAAAACUAGACAGGAAAGAAAGAAAGUUGCGGUUGAGGAAAUGAAUGCCAUGGAGGAGGAAAUGAGACGUGCUGAAGAAUUGAUUCGUGCUCGGAAAGAACACCAAGAUGCUAAGAACCUGACUGGCAAAGGUACUAACAUAGCUACACCCGGCCUGAGAGAUCCUGGCACUCCUGCAUACACGCCACGACGCACUCCAGCCAAGUUUGGUAUUUGACAUAUCCAAACCUAUUGUUCAUGGAAACCCAUCAGGUGUGCUUUUCAGGAAUGCAGCAUUACUAAAGUGACUAAAGUGAUACAUAGUGAAGAAGUGACUGCAAGCCUUCACUUGUAUAUAGGUGUAAAAUGUCAAAGUCUGUAUAGAUGCUUUCAAAUGUACAAUAAAGGACUGACCAUAUCCUUUAGUAUAAGAAAGUGUAUCCUUUGGCCUUAUGGAAUUACUUCAAGGACACUUAUUUUGAUUUUGAUGCUCCAGAAGACUGAAUAGGGUCGAUUGCAAUGUACAACAUUUCUGUUCAAAAUAAAAAUUGGCCGGAUGAGUUUUUCUGGGCAUGGGGACAAUUUUGGAUAUUUUUAUUUCUGAGAGAACAAUUAAUGUUCCCAGAAUAUUUUUCAGUAAACUACAUGUAAAUUAAGAAUGCUACUAGAACCAAAGAAGUGAAUUCAUUCCAAGGGUAAUUAAUGUGCUACCUUUAAUCAUCUACCUGUGAUGUUAUGUGAAAAUAAAUCAUCAUUAAUAGACUUCUAAAUGAAUCUUUUAAUUGGCGUAAAAACUGAUACUAGAACAAUGUUUUAAGGUUCAGUAUGGUAUUACUAAAUGUAAUACUGGUAAAUAACGCUAUUGCUUAUGAGACUAGGCUUAUAUAAUUGUAUAAUGAUUGUGUUGAUUAUAAUGUGUUUCUCUGAUUGACAAUGAUUUUUACCCAUUUCAUCCAGUUCUUCAGUAAAGAGUAAUGCAUCCAGCACAUAGCUAUAUAUUGUAUUCCAAGACAGCUGGGUAUCUUGAGCAGAUUUCUGUACAAAAUAGGGUUGACGUUUUCUCUCUAAACCCUGUCAGUUUGGAUGGAUUACAACACCAUUUGCUACAGUAUACUUUACCUAAACACCAUUCUGUGUGGGAAAUUUGCUACAGUAAAUUCUAUGUAAACACCAUUCUGUGUGGGAAAUUUGCUACAGUAAAUUCUAUGUAAACACCAUUCUGUGUGUAAAGUGUGCUACAGUAUACUCUGUGUAAACACCAUUCUGUGUGGGAAAUUUGCUACAGUAAAUUCUAUGUAAACACCAUUCUGUGUGUAAAGUGUGCUACAGUAUACUCUGUGUAAACACCAUUCUGUGUGGGAAAUUUGCUACAGUAAAUUCUAUGUAAACACCAUUCUGUGUGGGAAAUUUGCUACAGUAAAUUCUAUGUAAACACCAUUCUGUGUGGGAAAUUUGCUACAGUAAAUUCUAUGUAAACACCAUUCUGUGUGUAAAGUGUGCUACAGUAAAUUCUAUGUAAACACCAUUCUGUGUGUAAAGUGUGCUACAGUAUACUCUGUGUAAACACCAUUCUGAGUGUAAAGUUUCCUACUGUAUACUCUGUGUAAACACCAUUCUGUGUGUAAAAUUUGCUACAGUACACUCUAUGUAAACACCAUUCUGUGUGUAAAGUUUUCUACAGUAUACUCUAUGUAAACACCAUUCUGUGUGUAAAGUUUUCUACAGUAUACAUUAUGUAAACACCAUUCUGUGUGUAAAAUUUGCUAUUGAGCAUACUUUAGGUAAACAUCAUUUUGUAUGUUAAGGUUGUCAAGUUGUAUAUUUACAACAUUUUGUAUUUUGGUCAGAAUGAAAAUGUCAGAAAGGAAUGAUUGAUUGUGUACCUAAACAAAGCUUAUAUUUUGUAUUUCAUUCCUUCUCUAGAAAUUUUCUUUAUACAUAAUAGUAGUUUCCUAGGGUGCCUAUUUGUCAGAUGUUGCCUGGUGCACAGUUUAGAAAGCAGGCAAUAGUUCCAUGUCUGUGGAUAUUUCUAUUCUUUAUUAAUUGUCAUAUGAUGUUGAUCUUAAAUCUGGAGUCUGGCAGUCAUAUUAUGCUCCUGGUAUAAAGAAGAUAUACAUUAUUCAUAUCAUUGUGUGUAGAAUCACUAUUACAAAUAAUUUUAUUUUCUGAAAUGUGAAAUAACUGGUUUUAGUUAUAUAUUUUCACUAAUGUUAUCAAAUCGUUCAGAAUUACCCCAACAAUUUUGAUGUUUUUGUUUACGUUUGAAAUGUGACAUAAAUGAUUUGGAUAUAUUGAAAUUAUUGUGCUCAAUAAAGCACAGAAUGACUACAAUCAAAGUUUGUUGUAUACAUUUCUAAUUUAACAAUAUCUAUUUAAAUAGCCUGUAGAGGAUGAUUCUCACACAAAUGGUAGGUAUAUGUUAUAACAUAUCUGUCAUGUCACGGUUCACUAUUUUUGUCGUUCUACCAAAAGCUGAAAACAAAAAGGAUGUAUUUUUCACACAAAUCUUUAAAAUACUCCGCAGUUCUGCCAUCAGAUUUGAUUUUCAAAUAUCUCUUUUCCUUCCUUCCAUCCUUAAAUUGGCUGAAACUAUAAAAAGACAGAUCAACCAUAUGUACCACAUCAUUAAGAGCAGCAUUCACUUCCUUAUACAUCACUUCCUGGGUAAAUGUUAAUAGCACUUGUUCAUUCCUAAACUUAAUGGUAUAACAUUGUGUAACAAAGUGAAAUACACAGUAUGAUAAAACAGAAGUUGACUUACUUUGGACAUUUCCUUCUCACUAUUUGCUGGAAUGCUGACAUACUCACAAAAUGUUGAGUGUUCUACAUAUUCCAGAAAUAAUUGUCUUGAAGUCAAUCUAUACAUACAGACAUUUAGUAGAUGUAUCAAAAUUAGUCUUCUACUCGUAAUAUAACAUGUCGAGAGAGACAAUGGCUGGACCUGUGUGCUUGUCAGUAUGAGUGGGAUUUUAAUAUCAAAUAAACAAAUAUUGGAAACAUUA